GGCCUCCGCUGGUUGGAUCUGAGAACAGACAAACUUACGUAGUCUUGGCUCACCGCUGCCUGCCUCUCUCUAUGGACGGCCGGAGGGGAGAGAGGGGGGUAUUGCUGGGAUUGUAGCUGUUGUCGUCGGCUUCGUGGUGCCUGGUGAUGAUUUAAUUCACGGGAAACGCGGGUUCGCGGAGUGGAAAAGGAGCAGGAGAAAGAAGGACGAGGGGAGUCGGGCUAGAGGAGAAAGGAGGAGCAGCCGUUAGAGAUGUGCGGUCGGGCCGAGAUUGCUGCGGUAACCCUUUCUAGGCCUGGACCGAGCAGAUUGUUCUGAGAGGAAACGGAUAACAAACGGGGGAAGUGAACAUGGCUGGGACCUCUGGCUUCUUGUCCAACGGACCUGUUCCGUGGAUGGACGACACGGAGAUGAACAACCUGUACCGGGACCUGGAACUGGGCACAGUAAUGACUCUGUUUUACUCUAAGAAGUCCCAGAGGCCGGAGAGACGGACUUUUCAAGUAAAACUGGAGACGCGGACUAUUAUCUGGACGCGAAGCACUGACAAGAUUGAAGGAGAGAUUGACAUUCGAGAGAUCAAAGAGAUCCGUCCUGGUCAGAAGUCCCGGGACUUUGAGCGCUAUGUCGAGGACUCAGCAGUACGGCUUGACAACUUCUGCUUUGUUAUUCUCUAUGGCACGGAGUUUCGCCUUAAAUCCCUCAGCUUGGCAGCAACAUCUGAUGAGGAGAUGUCCAUGUGGGUGAAGGGGUUAAAGUGGCUCAGGGACGACACAUUGAAAUCACCAACACCAUUACAAAUAGAAAGGUGGUUACGCAAGCAGUUCUAUGCUGCUGAUCGCAACAGAGAGGACAGGAUAUCCUAUAAGGAUCUGAAGAACAUGCUGAGCCAGGUCAACUACAAGGUGCCAAACAUGAGGUUCAUCAAAGACAAACUUCCGGACUCUGAAACCAGGAAUGGAGACGUGACCUUCAGCCAGUUUGCCCAGCUUUAUCGAAACCUCAUGUUCGAUGCACAGAAAAAUGUGGAGAUCCCUUUUAUGCAAAGGUUCAUGGGUAACGUAGUUGAUGAAAGGAUCACCCUGGAGGAUUUCCAGAGCUUCCUCGUAGAAUUCCAGAAGGAACUGUGGGCCUCGGACAACAACAAGGUUCAGGAGUUUAUGUUUAGCUACCUGAAAGACCCCCUAAGGGAAGUGGAGGAUCCAUAUUUCCAUCCAGAGGAGUUCCUCACAUACCUUUUCUCCAAAGAGAACACCAUCUGGGAUUCCUCCCUGGACAUGGUGUGUGCUGAAAACAUGAACAACCCCUUGUCCCACUACUGGAUCUCCUCUUCACACAACACCUACCUGACGGGGGACCAGUUUGCCAGCGAGUCGUCCUUGGAGGCGUACGCUCGGUGUCUGAGAAUGGGAUGUCGCUGCAUCGAAUUGGAUUGCUGGGAUGGUCCUGACUCGAUGCCGGUUAUUUAUCACGGACACACCCUCACGACGAAAAUCAAGUUCAACGAUGUUCUGAACACCAUCAAAGAUCACGCUUUUGUCACAUCCGAGUAUCCUAUCAUCCUGUCCAUUGAGGAUCACUGUAGCAUUGUUCAGCAAAGGAAUAUGGCCACCCAGUUCAAGAAAGUGUUUGGAGACAUGCUGCUGACCAAAGCAGUAGAUAUGGCUGCAGACGGCCUGCCUUCACCCAACCAGCUCAAAAAGAAGAUUCUCAUUAAGCAUAAGAAGCUGGCAGAGGGCAGCGCCUACGAGGAGGUGCCGACAGCCACGCCUUAUUCUGAGAAUGAUAUCAGCAACUCCAUCAAAAACGGCAUCCUUUACCUGGAAGAUCCCAUUAACCAUGAUUGGUACCCUCAUUUCUUUGUCCUGACUCACAAUAAGAUCUACUAUUCAGAGGAGACCACUAAUAACGUGGGUAAUGAUGAGGAUGAGGAGCUUAAAGAGGUGCUCAAUACUAUGGACCAGCAUGUGACGGAGAAAUGGUUUCAUGGAAAGCUUGGCGCUGGGCGAGACGGACGGCAGAUCGCUGAGAGGCUCCUGUCGGAUUACUGCCAAGAGACCGGAGCUCCCGACGGCUCCUUCCUGGUCCGGGAGAGCGAAACCUUUGUAGGAGACUACACACUGUCGUUCUGGCGGUUGGGGCGCGUGCAGCACUGCCGGAUUCACUCUCGCCAGGAAGCUGGCAGCCCCAAGUUCUACCUGACAGAUAACCUGGUGUUCGACUCGCUCUUCGCUCUGAUCACCCACUACCAGCAUGUGGCGCUACGCUGCAAUGAGUUUGAGAUGAAGCUGACCGAGCCAGUGCCACAGACCAACGCUCAUGAGAGCAAGGAAUGGUACCAUGCCAACCUUUCCAGGAGCCAGGCAGAGAACAUGCUGAUGAGAGUUCCUCGUGAUGGGGCUUUCCUAGUCAGGAAAAGGACAGAGCCCAACUCUUUUGCCAUUUCAUUCAGGGCCGAGGGUAAGAUCAAGCACUGCCGAGUGCUGCAGGAAGGUCAGGUUGUGUUGCUGGGCACCUCAGAGUUCGACAGCCUCGUCGAUCUCAUCAGUUAUCAUGAAAAGCACCCUCUGUAUCGGAAAAUGAAGCUACGCUAUCCCAUCAACGACGACACACUGGAGAAGAUAGGCACUGCUGAGCCAGACUACGGGUCGCUGUAUGAGGGCAGGAAUCCAGGCUUUUACGUGGAGGCCAAUCAAAUGCCAACUUUGAAGUGUACAGUCAAAGCCAUGUACGAGUACAAAGCUCAGAGAGACGACGAGCUCUCCUUCUCCAAGAACGCCAUCAUCACCAACGUAGACAAACAGGAAGGUGGAUGGUGGAAAGGUGACUGUGGAGGGAAGAAGCAGAUGUGGUUCCCUGCAAACUACGUUGAGGAGAUCAGCCAAGCGGCAGCGGAGCCAGACAGAACUGAGAUUACAGAAAACAGCCCUCUCGGAGAUCUGCUGAGAGGAAGUGUGGACGUAACUUCCUGCCAGAUUAUCACACGCACUGAAGGGAAGGGCAGCAGACCGUACGUCUUCUCUCUGGUUCAGAAUAACACAGUGCAGGGCACUUUGCUGGACGUGGCUGCCAACAGCGCAGAGGAACUUCAAGACUGGAAGACGAAAAUCCAGGAAGUUGCUGCGACUUCUGAGGCCAAGCUGGAAGAAGGCAAGAUAAUGGAGAGGAGGAAGAAGAUUGCGUUGGAACUAUCAGACCUGGUCAUCUACUGCAGGCCGGUCCCAUUUGAUGAAGAAAAGAUCGGCACAGAGCGGGCCUGUUUCCAGGACAUGUCGUCCUUUCCCGAGACCAAAGCGGAGAAGUACGUCAACAAGACCAAGGGGAAGAAGUUCCUGCAGUACAACCGGCUGCAGCUGUCCAGAAUCUACCCCAGAGGCCAGCGGCUCGACUCCUCCAACUACGACCCGUUCCCCAUGUGGCUCUGCGGCUCCCAGCUGGUUGCGCUCAACUUUCAGACUGCUGACAAGCCGAUGCAGAUGAACCAGGCGCUGUUCAUGCUGAAUGGAAAGAGCGGCUACGUCCUCCAGCCUCCCAUCAUGAGAGACGACACCUUUGAUCCCUUCGACAAAAACACAUUACGUGGCGUAGACCAAGUCUCAAUGAAAAUAGAGGUUUUGGGCGCUCGGCACCUCCCGAAGCACGGCAGAGGCAUCGUCUCUCCACUCAUCGAGAUUGAGGUGUGUGGGGCGGACUUCGACAACGACAAGCAGAAAACAGAAUCUGCAGCUGACAACGGCCUGAACCCGACCUUUCCCAGGAAGUCCUUCUCCUUCACUGUCUGCAACUCUGCCUUUGCUUUCCUGCGCUUCGGGGUUUAUGAAAUCGACAUGUUCAACGACCAAAACUUUCUGGCUCAGGCGACAUUCCCCAUUCAGAGCCUCAAGACAGGCUACAGGUCGGUACCGCUGAAGAACAGCUACAGUGAAGAUCUGGAGUUGGCUUCUCUGUUGGUCCACAUGGAAAUCACCAGAGGAAGGGAUGAGAACGGGGAAGUCCUGAGCCCGUUCUCCGCAGCGGGGAGUGUGUCGGCGCCGGCGUCGGCGCAGGUGGGACGAGAGCUGGGCUCCGUGUCCUCGACGUCGUCCACCAUGUCCCCACUGCCCCAGUCGCCGUCUCAGGCCAUGUCCUACAGAGGGAGGGAGGGCUCGUUCGAAUCCCGCUACCAGUCACCCAUCGACGACUUCAGGGUUUCCCAGGAGGCCCUGCUGGACCAGAUGGACCCUCAGAACCGAAGGAUGCUGCGGAGGACCAGUCGCCUCUCCCCGUACUGAUGAUGUCACUGACUGCUGUGAUUGCUGUUUCCAUGGAAACGCCCACCACCGCUUUGGCCUACAUUUCAGGCAGCUCUCCCUCCUUCGAUUCCUCCUACAAACCCCUCCUCCACUCCCCACAUCGCCGCCUCUGUGUCCAACUGAGGAGGAGGGAAAGGACGCUGCGGGGUGGGAGGGCGCUGACAGGAAGCAGACGGCGGCAGACAGGAAGAAGAAACUGGAAGGCUGGAGAAGUCCUGGACUGUGAUUUCCAGUGUUGUUGCUGUUGUCGUCGUCGUCGUGACAACAGCUGCUUAGUUUGGAGACCAAGUGGAAGAAAAGGGAUAGACCUGGUUCCGGUUCUGGUUCUGGUUCCUCCUCUCUCUGCUGUUUGGACAGAUAUUUAUUCCUGCUGCGCCGUCGGCCGGAGAGCAGCGGCAGCGGCAGCCGGCCUGCUCUCAAAGAGCUCCUGUCUCCAUGUUUUUAAAUAUUACAGUUAUUUAAACCUUUAAACAUUCAUAAUGUGACUUCAUGUCAGCGUGAACCAUGAGGGCUUUCUACGGCUACGUUUAACCUCGCUCUGCUUCGUGACAGACAUUACGUUCCUCCGCUCUGACUCUGACUUACAACCUGGACUGGAAUCUCAGAGGCGUUUCUGUUUUUAUUGUUAUUAUAAUUAUUAAUGGCGGGAGGAAGAGGUCGUGGCCUGUUUUUGCUUUCCAAGGCGCAUCGCGUUUCUCACUUACAUUCCAACAGAACAGAAGCUGCACAUCAUUCCAUCGUCUUGCUUUGCGAACCAGCUCCACUGACCCUUAUGGCACCUUGGCCGUGUGGUCCUGGAGGUCAGGACUGGACUCUGAUGGUGACUGAUUGUUGUUUCUUUUUGGGGGUUUCUCUUUGCACCCACUACCAUCAUGUUCUUAUCCACAUCAGUGUCUUAAAACACGCCCUUGUUAAACAAUACAUGUUUACGAUGUUCUAAAUUCAUCUGAGAAAUGCCAGAGAACAGAAAUAACCGGGUUUCAUAAGCGUCCACACCAUUCAGCUUUUUAGUUUUGAGUGUGCAUGUCGCAUAUUUGGCCUCUACUUUUCAAAAUGGCCUCCAAACGUAUCAUCCCUUGGGUUGAGCCAAAACUUUGUUUCCGGUGAAGAGAUUCUUUUGUCUCUUGCCUGAUUUAAUGAAAUCUUAAAUCGACUGAUUUCCAGCAGACAUCUAAAUUUUAACAACCCCAGAUCAUAAUGCUGCCACUACCAUGUUUCACUGUGUUCUGCCAGAGGUGCUUUGUGUUUUUCCUGUUCAAAUUCUAACUUAUGGUAGUUAUGUUUAAGUUCAUAGCAGAUUCUCUUAUGAUGUUUUGAGAGAUUUUAUCCAAGCCUGGAUAUUUUUAGUCUAGCAAAUGUUCUUUUUUUUUUUUUUUUUUUUUUUAUCUGGACACUUGGAGAAGUACAAGAAAUGUUUGGAACAGAACCAGAAUAUUCAGCUUUCUCAGAGGUCCUGACUACGACUUGGCAGCCUCACUGACUGGUCUUAAAUAUGUUUAGUCAAUAACUAAGAUGAAACUUAGGUUUUAAGCUUAACUUCUGAAACCAAUUAGGAAAACAAAAUCAGUCAGCCAGAAAUGAAACAUAAUUUAAAGGCACCAGUGCAGUUUUCUUUUGGAAAAUGAAGUCUUGUGUAUUUAAGAAUCAGUAAAUGGAUUAUAGGGCAUAAAUAUCUGCAGAUUUUUUGUAUUAGCUCAUAAAAUACAUUUCUCUAAAACUUUUUAAUGCCCAAAAUUGAGAUUCUUAAAUAUAAGACACUUUUACAGACUCCCAGAAACUGAGUUUCUAUCUAGUUUCUCCAGUUUAAAGCCUGCAGGCGUCAGGAAAUGCCUCCUCCGGUCAUUUUAUAGGGUGUAACUUAUGCAAUGAGGUUCAAGCAGAUUUGUUUACGUUUAAGUUCAAUUAUACAGGCUGCGUCACAUUAAAAGUGUAAAGGCCUUUAAACAAAAAAUAAUCAUGGUUAAUCUUUUUUUUUUUAAUCACAAUAACAUGAAUUUUAACAGCGGUGUGUAAACUUGACACUCACAAGAGUCUGCAUUGAUGCUGUUUAUUCUGCUCAUUCCUAAUGCAGGAUAUUCAUGCUGGAAUUAUGGGUUAAAAAAAAAAAAAGGAUGGGAG